GCGCCGAUCCACUCUACACAGUCGUUCCAAUGAGUUUUAGCGGAAAAGUUGUAAUUGUAACUGGUGCCAGUUCGGGCAUUGGUGCUGUCACCGCCGAGGCAUUCGCGAAACGUGGCGCUAAAGUCGUGCUUGUCGGUCGUAAUAUCGCGAAUUUAAAAACAACUGAAACAGCCUGCAAGGCAGCCAAUCCCAAUGCCGAGCUGCUGCUCAUAGCCGCCGAUGUCACCGUAGAUGCAGAGCGCAUUAUCAACUCAACGCUGGAAAAGUUCGGCAAAUUGGAUGUGUUGGUCAAUAACGCGGGCAUUUUGGCUUACGGCAACAUCUUAGACAUAGAUGUAGAGCAAUUUGACUCAAUACUUAAUACAAAUUUACGCGCUGUCUUCCUGCUCACGAAACUGGCAGCGCCGCAUCUCAUCAAGACACAAGGCAAUAUUGUGAAUGUCUCGAGUAUCAAUGGUUUACGCGCCUUCCCCAACGCCUCAAGCUAUUCCACCUCCAAGGCGGCUCUUGAUCAGUUCACCAGAUGUAUCGCCUUGGAUUUGGCAGCGAAGAAUGUCCGUGUGAAUGCCGUAAAUCCCGGUGUUGUGGUAACGAAUAUUCAUACACGCGCCGGCUUAACGAAGGAGCAAUAUGCGAAUCACUUACGACGUGCUAAGGAGACCCACGCGCUCGGACGUGUGGGCACGACUAAAGAGAUAGCCGAUACCAUUGCAUUUUUGGCCAGUGACGAGGCUUCAUUCAUCACCGGUGCCACAGUGCCCGUCGAUGGCGGCAAGCAUGCUAUGUGUCCACGUUAAGUAAUCGUAAUAAUAAACAUAAGAUAAUCCAAAUAUUUGUAGUAAAACUUGUAUACAUUUCUUGUACAAUAAAAUUAUAAGGGUAUGGUUUGAAAGUCUA